GUGGCUCGUGGCUGGUCCUAUCCACCAAUGGGCACGGAGCUCGGUGAUCUGUGAGAGCCCCGGGGAAAAGCCAGCGCGUCCAUUGAGAAAAUCUCAUUCAAGUUUUCGCAGGCGGAGAGAGCGGAUCAUCUAUCUGAGCUGUGGAUAAUAGACAUCGUCGCUGUUUGUGUGGGAUUUAAAAGCGAUCGCAUUGUUAUAUUGCGUUGGAGGAAAGCAAUAGCACAAGACUUCAAGAGAAGCAGGAGCACAGACAGAUCUACUUUCCACGUCGCUGAAUGCGAACAGCCCCACUCGGUAAAUCGCCUUUCACGAGCAGCAGCGCCAUGGACGGAUUUUAUGACCAACAAGUCCCCUUCAUGGUUCCUACGAGUUGUCCAGCCGAAGAGUCCAGCAGCAGACAGGCAAAUGACAGAAAGCGGAAGUUUCUAGACACGGAGUUGGCCCAUAACUCAGAAGAGUUGUUCCAGGACCUCAGUCAGCUGCAGGAGAUCUGGAUUGCUGAAGGUGGGUGCUCCUCUGCCCACCCCUCUGCUCUUACCCUCCCCUCUCAGGUUCCUGAUGACGAGCAGUAUGUCCCAGAUUUCCAGUCUGAUAACUUGAUGUUCCAUGGCCCCCCCCUCACUAAGAUCAAGCGCGAGUUCCACAGUCCCUCCUCCGAGCUCUCCUCCUGCAGUCGUGAGCAGAGCCUCGGUGCUCCCUACAGAGAGAGGUGCCUUUACAGCUACAGCAGUGCCUAUGACAGGAAGCCAUCCGCUGGGUUUAAGCCGCUAACUCCGCCCUCGACUCCAGUGUCACCAUGCAGCUCCAGCCACACUCCAGGGACACACCCCCUCCACGGACAGACUCCGCCGCCAGUCCCUGCACACAACCGUGGGACACACCCUCUGCAAGAACAGACUCCGCCUCCAGCUCACCCCCAGAGGACACACCCACUGCACACCCAGACCCUGCCCUUCGCAGUGCCCCAUCCACCUCUGACACACACUGAGGGGCAGUAUGGCUCCGAGCACAGGUUUCAAAGACAGAUGUCUGAGCCCUGCUUGCCUUGCCCCCCCUACCCACCCCAGGCCCACAGCACAGUGUCCCGGGACUGCAGGCCUCCCUACCAUCGCCAGAUGUCUGAGCCCCUGGUCCCUGCACCUCCCCAGGGCUUCAAACAGGAACUGUCUGACCCUCACUAUGCUGAGCAGGGGGUGCCUGCCAUGGGGCCCCCCCAGCCAGCCUUCCAGCACCCCAUGAACAUCAAGCAGGAGCCCCGAGACUACUGCUUCGACUCCGAAGUGCCUAACUGCCAGUCCUCGUUCGGGAGAGGAAGUUUCUACAACAACAACGACACAGGUUUCUCCUAUGACUGUAACCCCCGCCUCUACUACGAUGAUGCCUGUGUUGUACCAGAGAGACUUGAGGGCAAGGUGAAGCAGGAGCCGGCUGUCUACCGCGAGGGGCCCCCCUAUCAGCGUCGCGGCUCCCUGCAGCUCUGGCAGUUCCUGGUCACACUGCUGGACGACCCCGCCAACGGUCACUUCAUCGCCUGGACCGGCCGCGGCAUGGAGUUCAAACUCAUCGAGCCCGAAGAGGUGGCUCGGCGCUGGGGGAUCCAGAAGAACCGACCAGCGAUGAACUAUGACAAGCUGAGCCGCUCUCUGCGCUACUACUACGAGAAGGGCAUCAUGCAGAAGGUGGCUGGCGAGCGGUACGUCUACAAGUUUGUGUGUGACCCUGAGGCUCUCUUCACCAUGGCCUUCCCUGAUAACCAGAGGCCCUCCCUGAAGCCGGACCCAGACUGCCCCCAGCCUGAGGAAGACACGCUGCCCCUCGCACACUAUGAGGAGGGCGCCCCCUACCUGCUGGAGGCUGACCAGUGUGUAGGUGGGGGCCUGCCGUAUGAGGGUUAUGUAUACUGAUCAUCCUUCACUCCCCCCACCCCCCCUCUCUCUCGCUCGAUCCUGGACUGCUAUUCCUGAGCGAGCGCCACAGGAAGAGCCUGCAGCAUCAUCGCUGCCCUGGGGCUCCUGACUCCGCCCACCUGCUCCGGAAUGGGCCUUGUUGCUAUGGACACUGGGAGGGGCAGCAGUAGCUGGCUGAUAUCUUGUUUUCUGCAUCUACUGGUGUGGAUUUGUAGCAUUUCCAUAAUGACAAUCUGCUUUUAAAUUGUUUUAGCUUUUUGACCACAGUAACUGUUCUAUAUAUAGCUGCCUUUGGAUGUUUUUUGAUCAGUCAUUUUUAAAAUAUAUAUAACAAAAGGGCUUAAAUCUGCAAAAAAAUAAAAUAAAUGUUUGAUAAAUUGUGGCCCCUACCUGCUUGAGACCCCCCCCCCCCCCUUUUUAUCACAGUUCUGACCAAAGCAAUGGGCUUGUCUGAGGAGCUGUUGAUGACAUCAUUGACAACUCGGUCCCUGCAGCCACUCCCAGCUGCCACAGGAAGUGACCCAACCAUUCUUCCUGUCACGUGACUGGUGGCAGAAAUUGUUUCUUUUCUUUUGGUAAAUAAAAAAGGGAUGCAUAUGACAGUAUUUUUCUGACGUUUUGAAAGAAUUUAUAAAUAUAUAUUGCACGGAAUUGAAGAGAAUUUUGUAGGUUUUUUUGUAUUUAGAGCUACAAAGAAAUUGUAUUGAUUUUUGUUUUUGUUUUUAGCACUGCUCUCUCUCUCUCUCUCCCCCCCCCCCCCCCCUCCCCCGGUCUGAAAAAAAACUUGUAAAGUUCUUUGCUGCGUUUUUAUAUCGUUUCAUGGAGUUGUUUAAAAUAUAUAUAUAUAUAUUUUUGCAAAGGCUGCAUCUGUUUCAUUUCAGAUUAUUGUAUAAUAUGCUGUAUAGUUCUGCCUUUUACAAAUCUGGAUCUAUAUAAUCAACCCUCUAUACAAUCUUGAUCCCCAGUGAUGCAAAGUCUUUAGAAUGACCGCUCUGGAGCGUGUUACCCCUUCCCUUGAGGUGGGCAGGUGCGACACUUCCCCUCCACUGGGGUCAGGGGGCAUACUAGCUUGGACAGGCCCCUCCUUCCCUGAGUUGCUUCAUAACGUGUACAUAGCACUGCUGAGUUAACAAUCUGUACUGUGUACAAUAAAGGGAUUCUUUCUGCUCCA